AUGCCCUCUUUUGCCGCGCUUCUCACGCUGGCCACGGCAGCCAGUGCUGUUGCCCUGCCCGGCCAACCACAAGGCAAGAAGAAGUUCACAUUGAACGUCAAGUACAAUGAAAACUACCGCUACACGCCCUCUGUCUCUUCCCAUGUUAGAAGACAGGACGACGGCGACGGCAAUGAUGACCCUCCUACCACCGGCACCACGCCCGCAUACAACAGCAAAGCCCGCCCUGAUGCCGAGUACUACGUCCAGAUGGACAUUGGCAGUCCGGCUCAAACAUUUAAUAUUCUCUUCGAUACAGGCUCUAGUGACCUUUGGCUCUUUGGAUCCGAUGUCUCGGGUACCGUGAACAAGGGGCAGGCCAAGUGGAAUGCCUCAGCUAGUGACACCUCGUCAUAUGUCAAGAAGUCGUCAUGGGAUAUUACCUAUGCAGAUGGAUCGGGAGCCAGUGGCGACGUCUGGAAGGACUCUGUGACCAUCGCUGGACUGACUGUCGACAGUCAGGGCAUCGAGUCGGCUGAUACCGUCACAAAGCAGAAGAGCGGCGGCACGAUUCUUGGAAACCCCGUCUCGGGCAUUGUUGGAUUUGCAUUCGACGGUGGUAACACCGCCAAGCCCCGCCAAAAGACUCUCUUUUCCAACAUGAAGGAUUCAUUGGACAAGCCCAUCUUUACUGCCGAUCUUCAGCACAAGGCUGACGGUACAUUUGGCUUUGGCUUCAUUGACGACGACAAAUACAGCGGCACCAUGAACUGGGCUACGGUCGACACCUCGACCGACUUCUGGACCUUUACGUCCACCGGAUACGCCAUCGGCGACGGCAAGUUUGUCACGCUCGACAUCACCGGCAUCGCCGACACUGGCGGCUCUUCAGUCAGCAUGCCUGCUGCUGUGAAAGAUGCCUACUAUGCCAAGAUCCCAGAUGCCAACGGCACCACCGUCCCCUGUGAUGCUACCCUGCCCGAUUUCUACUUUGGCGUCGGCACAGGCAAGAUUAAGGUCGCUGGAAAGUACCUGAUGCGUACGCUCGACGAUGGAACCUGCACAACCAAGAUUGUCAAGGCAAAGAAGGACAAUGACUGUACCUUUGGGUCUCCUACUAUGCUUGGCGCGUAUGUUGUCUUUGAUGAUGGCAGCACCAAGAGCGGCACCCGUAUCGGUUGGGCGAAUUCUUAA